CCCACACAGGCACAGCAGACAGAGGAGAGGCUGUUGAAAUGUGAAGCAGAGAAGAGGAGACAACAACAGCCGAACGACAGGAGAGAGAUCUGCGCUUGAGUCCGAGUGCUGUUCAAACAAGAAGGAAAAAUGGGAAAACUUGUCUUUAUUCUCAUUUUUCUUCUCUGCAUAAGUGGCUCUCUUCAGAAGAAAGGGAAACCAAAAAGCUCCAAAGUGAAGAGAAACAGCUCUUCACAAGAGUUUCCUGUGCCCAGAACAUUUUUUGGGGACCCUGAUGUUCAGCCAACCCACUUUGUCGCCAAUGGGACUCAGGCUCCCAUUUUAGCUCAUUCUCUUCCAGCACUGAAGUCGCUCAGUAACAGCACAGCAGGUUACCUCAGCAGCCCCCUCAGCACUCGGGUCAUCCCCAUCAUUUACAUGUUGGUGGUUGCUGUCGGCGUCCCAGCCAAUGUCGCCAUCCUCUACACGCUGGCGUCUAAAAUCCGGAAGGUGUCCUCCGCCAUCCUGUACUGCAGUCUGGCUCUCUCUGACCUCUUCCUCCUCCUCUCCCUCGUCUUCAAGGCUCACUACCAUCUCCAUGGUAACCACUGGGAUCUUGGAGAGACCCUGUGUCGAGUGGUUACGGCCUGUUUCUAUGGCAACCUCUACUGCUCGGCACAGACGCUGGCCUGCAUCAGCGUCAAGCGCUACCUGGCUGUAGUGCACCCCUUCAAGUACAAGGCCCUCCCCAAGAGGAUGUGCACCGCCUGGGUCACGCUGGCCGUGUGGGUGGUGUUCGGAGCCGCCGUCGUCCCCGAGCUCCUCGUCCAGCAGAGUUACUGGCUCCCUGAGCUGGAGCGCAUCACCUGCCAUGACGUGCUCCCCCUGGGCAGCGACUCCCACAGCUUCCUGCUCUACUACAACCUCAUCCUGACCGUCUUCGGCCUCCUGGUGCCGCUGGUCACCUCUGUGGUGUGCUUCUGCAGAAUCAUCUGUGAGCUCAACCAGUCCCACCACGACUGGUCCCUGUACAUCAAGGCCAGCUCACUGAUGUUCGUCAUCUUCCUGGUGUGCUUCACCCCUGCAGGAGUUCUGCACUUCCUCCAUUAUGUGAAACUGUUUGUGAAUAGAACAGAGAACCUGUACAUGUACUUUAACGUGGCAGUGUGCUUGUGCUGCCUCCACGCGUGUCUGGACCCUUUCCUCUUUGUCUUGAUGUCCAAGUCUGUGGGAUCAACACGAUACUUGAGGGCCUUUAAAGGCAAGACUUUGAGCAUAUCUGUUUAAGAGACACCUGUUCCGCCCCUUCCCCCAAAGACUGGUGUUGUUUGAUAUUUUGGAGCUGAUGUGGAGGUAAAUGUUCUCUGUGGCUGGAACCAGAGAGAGAAAGCAAAAAGACCUCCACUGCACCAAGAGCUGGACUUGGCCUUUGUUUGAAUCAUUAGGAUCAAUAGAUCUAAACAAUCAGGGUGUUUUCUUGACUGAGAACCUAGCAGUUAGCAUGCUGCUACAUUUCCUUCAGUACAAUUUAGUUUAUAUUGGUAUAUUAUGCAAUAAGCUGUGUUUCCAUUGUCAGAAAUUGUCCUGGGAAUCAAAAUAUCUGAUAAUAACAGUUGCAUGGUACCCUUUUGUUGCAGUACCUUGCACAGUGGUUUGGUACCUGAACGGUGGAGUUAGACCACAUGUGUCAAACUGGUGGCCCGGGGGCCACAUGCGGCCCGCCCACCACUGUGCAAGGUGAUGGAAUAGAGACAGAAUAUAAGACUAUAUUUGCCUGCAAAAUUUUUAUAAUAGUAAUAAGACAUUUGGUUGUAAUCAUUGCUUUAUUAAAUGUGUUUAAUCAACUUGAAAUUACAUAUAUUUAAGCUGUUUUAAUCACAAUUAUCCUCGUCAUUAUUUGCUAAAUUUUCAAUUUAAUUCUCCGUAUUUGUGCAUCAUAAAUAUGUUUUUACUGUGAAUCAUUUUAUAUCAAAACAAGCUGGACCAGACUAGAUGCUCAUUGGCCCUCAGGUCAUUUGAGUUUGACACACACUGGAUCACUUCUGUGCAACAAUGGGAAUGGAUUGUGUGUUUCUGUGUUUCUUUUUCUCCACAUUUUCUUUGGUUUCACACUGGUAUGAUACAUACAUGACGAAGCUUUCGCAGCUGUCGCAGCUUUCACAAUCUGGCCUACACACCCCACAUCAGGGUUUACUUUUCCAGUAAUCCCACUGUGCCGAACUGCUUAGUGCUUGGAAAUGCAGUUUAUGCUCCUGUUACAAAUGAAUCAUUUGCAUAAAGCUUUUUUUAUGUC